AUGAACAAUGUAAGACUGUAUCAACCAAGUAAUCAACUAGUAAUCAUUGUUUCCAAAGCACAAGAUUUACCCAACAGGAAAAAGCUUGACAAGCAAUCUCCUUACUGCGUUGCGCGAAUACAGGAUCAAGUUCAAAAAACAAAGAUUGUACCCCGAGGUGGUCAGAAUCCACAUUUCGACGAUGAGUUGUGGUUUUCGCUCGACAACGUUGAAGAAACAACCGUGAAUUUCAUUGUUUACCACCAGAUGAAAAAAGAUUCCGAACUUGUUUGUAAGGCCGACAUAGAUUUCACACCCGCUCUCCGCAGAUCAUCCAAGGAGGGCUAUGAUAACUGGUUUCCUCUGAGCUAUAACGGAAGGCCAGCAGGAAAAAUUUAUUUAGAAAUGACUUAUUAUUCCUCGUCUAAAGACGUGCCUGCUCAUGUUGAACCUUUGACCAAACUGCGGAUGGCUUCAUCUGCUCUAUCACACAAUAUUCCUUCUACUCAACCAACACAGGCAACACAACCUUCCAACUGUGAUGGUGAGAAGUUCAAGGAGUUGAAUGAUAAUGAUGAAGACAGAGAGGUAAAACGAGCAGGCCGAUUUUCGCAUAUGAGUCAGUCAUUCGAGACGGAGCAGAGCGCUAUACAAAGGUUUGUUAAAAAUGCCUGGAAGUUUUCGUCUCCCUUCAACAAGCCCGUCACGCAGGCCAGUGUGGCGGAUUUAAAAGGUCCUGCACGUCAGCCUCAAACACACUUGCUAACGCAUAAACUAUUUGAAGAUUCAAGUGAUGAAGAUGAGCUCGAAUCAGCAAAUUAUUGUGAUAGCGCAAAGGAAAAUCAAGCUGAGGCACACACAAAUCCCAGCAAUAUUGAGGCAUUACGAAUGGGAAAAAUAUUUUUAUCAAAUCUGGUUUUCGACUUUGACAAACGAGAAAACUCAGGUAAAGAUAACAGUGAACCUCAAAGUAAUUCAGAACACACAUUUCCUUUGUCAGAAGACAAGGAAGUUGCAGUCCGCGUGGUGAGUUCCGACGUAGACCAAGAAGGUAUUGCACCUGAGCCACCAUCUCAUAGAGUCCCUUUGACACAAAUGAAUCGUCCAAUUUACCCCACUGACUCUAAAAGAGCAUAUCAUAGAAAGAGCAACGAAUAUUUGGGCUCCAAUUGUUCUCGCAAUCCCAAUCAAGAUUAUGAUCAACGCAAAUCAAACCUUUCGUACUCACAAAUCAGAAAGCUUCAAAGGAAACGAUAA